AUGGCGAACUCUGCGAGCAUAAGAGAGAAGCCCAGCGGGGCUCGAGACGUCUCAGCCCGCUUCCCCGUGGGCUUCCCCGACAACGUGGUACACGCCAGUCGCCGGCUUUUCCAACUCCGAAAAGACCAAGAUGAAGAACGCCUUGCCCGGGUUCGUAGCGCCGCAAACACCGCUACUCAUAGCGAGCAGUCCCAGGUGUUUCAAGAUAUUACCAACGCAGAGCCAAUGCCCGAGAACACCGUUGCAUUGACUGGCUCUGCCGUUGGUAGCGAGAAUCUACCUUUAGGGAAUGGGCAGGGCAAGAAACCAAAGAGGCUUACCGUUCGCUUGCCGGACCCUCAUGUUUGCCAUGCGAUGCUGUUCAUUCCAGUCGAACAACUCAUGGAAGAGAUGGUUGUCGAAAACAACGGCGAGAUCCCGACAAAGGAAGAUAUCGAAAACGAAGCGACAUACUUCUUCGUCGACGCGUGCCAGGAGUAUCCGGCAUCGCUCAUCCAGUUCACCGCCAAAGUACUCGUCGAUUAUUUCGAACCAAUCCUCGAGCGCACGACACCGACAUACAAAGUAUACGAAGCACUGAAGGCCAAGACCCAGUUCGUGAAGGCCAUGACGACUCACCGUGCCGGUAUGUUUCCGCGGCUGUUUUCACGAAGACUUUAA